AUGUUCCAAUACAAGCACCUUCUCUGUGCAAUGAGUCUGUCUGCCGUUACAGCCUACGCCCAGCAGAUCUCACUUGGCACGGCAAGCAACUAUGCUAUACUCGCUGGAUCAACAAUCACCAAUACUGGCUUGACCGUCAUCAACGCCCGAAUAGGUCUGUCGCCUGGAUCAUCGAUCACAGGCUUCCCUCCGGGUAUCAACGCUGGCGAAGACAUCGACAAUGCUGCGGCCGUGCAGGCCAAAGCCGAUCUCCAGACCGCGUUCACGGCACUUGCUGGACUGCCUUUGACAACAUCCCUGACUGGCACUGAUCUCGGAGGACAGAUCUUAACCCCUGGCGUGUACAACUUCGCCUCCUCGGGUGGGUUGACUGGUGUUUUAACACUUGAUGGCCAGAACAACCCGAACGCAGUGUUCGUCUUCCAGUUCGGCUCAACCUUGACGACUGCUUCAGCCUCUUCAGUGGUCUUGAUCAAUGGUGCUAAUGCUUGCAACGUCUAUUGGCAAGUCGGUAGCUCGGCUACACUGGGAACUGGCACUCUUUUCGCUGGCAAUGUGCUUGCCCAGGCUUCCAUCACAGUCACGACUGGGACCUCGCUCCUCGGUGGAGGAUUCUUUGCAAUCACUGCGGCCGUGACCUUGGAUACGAAUGCUAUUGAUCCGAAUGGUGCUUGCGGUGCUGCUAUCAUCCCAUUGACAACGACCGCUACGACCGCUACAACCGCUACGACUGCCGCUCCCACUACCGCUACCACAGUAAGGCGAGACCGAGACUCCUCGCCGAUCAAUGCUGACAUUCUCUUCUUGUACCAGACCAUCACCUCCACAGUUACGAACUCUGCGAGCACAACAACGAUAACCCUGACCCAAGUUUCGACCAUCACCGCCACUCAGAUUGUGGCGACUUCCUACACUACUACAACCUCCACUAGCACUAGCACGUUGACAGUACCUUGUUCUACUACUGCUACCGCGACGCCAACGGCUUGUCCCAAGAACAGCAAACGCGCCGCUGAUCUGGUGGGGAGAGGUAAUCAUAAGACCAAGACAGUUGUGAUCACCUGCGCCGGGCAUACUUCUACGCACGUCCAGAAUGGUCCGCUGCGGACCAAGACUUCGCACGCGACUUGGACCUCUACUUCCACAGUCUGGCAUAUGAAGACGGCGACGUCUACGCAUACUUCGACCAAGACACCGGCUUGCACUACAAAGGCCAAGAGGGAUUAUCAGAGGCUUUUCGAGUGA